AUGAAGCUGUCGCUCCUUAGUGCCAUCGCUGCGUUUGCGUGCACGGUUGCCGCAAAUCCAACCAACCGGACCAUCACGGGCAUCGACGGCCGCGCCCGCACGUUCGAAGAAGUCGCGCUCAUUCAAGACGACGCCGACACGAACCGCAAGUGCCACCAACAAAACGGCAACUACAUUGGGUCGCUCAAAGCGGGACAGUAUGCGGCGAGCGCGUUCCACAAGUGUUUUCGCACGUUGGCGCAAAUCUACGAGUUCACCGACGCCGUGGCGGCGCAAAAUCCGUCGCUGGUGACGAAAUUCGCCGUCUCGAAAUCGUUCAAGGGAAAGACGAUCUACGGCUACAAGUUGUCCAAGGGCAACAAGCAGUCGUUGUACUUUCAAGCCCAGCAACACGCCCGCGAAUGGAUCGCAGGGUCGUCGAUCGUGUAUUCAUUCGCGUCCAUCCUCGACGACAUUGCCAACAACCGCCCGACCGCCGCGGACUCGUACAACUUGUACUUUGUCCCGAUCGUCAACAUCGACGGGUACGACAUGACGUGGACCGGCAAUCGGUACCAGCGGAAAAGCGCCAACGAAGUCGACUUGAACCGGAACUGGCCGACGCCCAACCCGAAUCCGUACCCGCCCCCCAAGCAUGACGAGACGUAUCCGGGUCCGAAUCCUUUUAGCGAGCCCGAGACGGCUGGCAUCAACUCGUGGCUUCAAACCAAGCGCAGCGAAAUCGCCGGGUACAUCGAUAUCCACGCGUAUGCUGGGUUGAUUUUGUACGCAUUCGGCGACACGUCGCAACCGAUUGGGGGCGGCUACAAUGCCAAGUUCCAAACGCUCGGUCGCGGCAUGCAAAACGUGAUGGGCGCGUAUUCGCAACAGCCCGCGUACCAGCUGUAUCUGGCCUACGGCGUGUUUCCGGACUACGCGUUCCGCGAGUUUAAAAAGCCGGCCGUCACGAUUGAGAUUGUCGGGUACGACUUUGUCGCGCCGGCGUCGACGAUUCCCACGCGCGGGCUCGAGAUUUACAAAGGCAUCAACCAAUUUGCCAAGGAAGUGACCGUGUUCAACGGCAACUCGCCCAUCACGCCGACCCCCAAGCCGACCGUGCGCACGACGACUCGCAUGCCGACCACCACCAAACCCAAAACGACGACUCGCCGCCCCCGCGCCGUCGACGAUGCCGUGGCGGACGACGACGUGCCAUUCCUUGUCGGAGAUGCUGCAUCGUCGGAUGCCGGCGAUAGCAUUGUUGGGUAG